AUGAAACAGUCCCUUCCUGAUGAUACAACAAAAUUAAUAGAAAAAGUAUUCAAGAAUGGUAAUAAAAUUUCUAUUGUGACUGAAGAAUCAACAACAAAUUAUCAACACAAAUUAUCAUGUCGUCGUACUUAUUCGAGUAAUAGUAUUAAAGUCAAGAAAGUAGAAGUAGAAGCUUCUAGUUUUAUAAAAAUGAAAAUGCUAGGCAGAGGGGAUGUUGGUAGGGUUUAUAUGGUAAAGCAAAAAGAAACGAAUAAGAUAUAUGCUAUGAAAGUAAUCUCAAAGGGAGAAAUGAUUAGAAGAAAUAAGAUCAAAAGAGCUUUAGCAGAACAGGAAAUUCUUACCAUCUCGAAUCACCCUUUUAUUGUCGCUCUUUAUCAUUCAUUCCAAAGCUAUCAUUAUCUUUAUUUUGUAAUAGAAUAUUGUGUAGGUGGUGAAUUCUUUCGAGCACUUCAAGCAAGACCAGGGAAAUGUUUAAGAGAAGAAGAAGCAAAAUUUUACGCAGCUGAAGUUACGGCAGCUUUAGAAUAUUUACAUCUUCAAGGAUAUAUCUAUAGAGAUUUGAAACCAGAAAAUAUCCUGCUUCAUCAAAGUGGACAUAUUAUGUUGACUGACUUUGAUCUUAGUAAAGGAUCUCAUCCCCCACAAAAGCCUGGUAUCGUCAAGUCCAAAUCUAGACAUAUACCACCUUCUAUUGAUACAAAAAGCUGUGUUAUUAACCUUCGAACGAAUAGUUUUGUGGGUACAGAAGAGUAUAUUGCCCCUGAAGUGAUUAAAGGCUGUGGACAUACAAGUGCAGUAGAUUGGUGGACACUAGGCAUUUUAAUCUAUGAAAUGCUGUUUGGGAUAACUCCCUUUAAGGGCUUGGAAAGAAAUGAAACAUUUUCUCGUAUACUUUACUCUGACCUUCACUUUAGUCAUCAACCUGCACCUUAUCAUCAAUAUGCUAUCACCAAUAAUGCUAAAAAUAUGAUUCGAAAACUAUUACACAAGGAUGAAAAUAAACGAUUAGGAAGCUAUGCUGGAGCAUCUGAUGUAAAGAACCAUGUCUUUUUCAAGUCUAUUAAUUUUGCUUUACUUCGACAUUGUCAGCCACCUAUUCAACCUUCUAAUCAUGAAAAAGACUUUUAUUAUCAUAAUAGUAAUAACAGUAGUUUUGAUCUUGAAUCAGAUGAUGAUCUUAUGCUCAACAGUAACCUCGUCUUUCAAAAUAAUCCAUUUAAAGAAUUUAAUUCAGUUACUCUUUAUCAUGAUGGUGAUUCUGAUCAUGAAUACUGUAAUGACUAUAGCUGUUUGUAA